AUGGAUCUUCGCGUCGACAACGUCGAGACGAGGCUCUGCCUGGACCAUCGCAGGAGGCCACCAGGUAAGUUCCCCCUCAGGUAAGUGCGCUUGCUUUGUUUCUUCCUUUUGUUUGUUGAAGUUCCGCGUCGUACGCUGCGCUUGCUGCCUGCCCUUUAUAUGCUAGUCUGUCUGUCAAUAGCUAACCGACACCCUCGAUGCCUGCUGCGAUUGUCUGUCCGUCAGUCUAUGCCACUCUCUAUUAAUAGCUAGGUGUUACGGUGCUUGACUUUGUGUGGUGCCCUCACUUUGUCUCUGACCGGUGACUGUGUCCGCUUGUCCACUCUAGUUCUAAGUCCCAUAGCGUUAGGUAGUGUGUAUGCUCUCUCCUACUCACUCCAUCACAUCACCUCACCGCCAAGGUCCCAGGCUAAUUCGGGUCGUUCUCUCACUAACAAAAAGUCGUGGCCCAUAGUGGAGUCCGGCAGCCGUCUGGGAUAACCGGGCAGCCCUGUUCAGGGAUGCGUUGCCUGCCCCCGCGAGGGGGAGGGGGCUAGAAAAGGUGCCCUAAAGAUCGCUGGGAACCACGCUGUCUGUAGGCUGGCCGUGGCCGCAGACAAAAAACACACGGUCGAAACAGCCAAAACCGAAACAACAACAACAACAAUCACUCUCUUCCUCUUCCAGCCUAUUAUUCUUCUUCUCCUACUCCUACUUUUCGCCGCCGCAGUCGCCAGACUGGCAGGGUGAGCCCGCUCACUCUGGCAGCCUGGAAUGUUCGUUCCCUUUUAGACAAUCCGAGGAGCAACCGACCGGAACGGAGGACGGCGCUAGUGGCACGAGAAAUGGCGCGCUACAAGGUGGACAUCGCCGCACUCAGCGAGACCCGAUUCUCCGAACAAGGCCAACUGGAGGAGGUGGGUGCCGGUUACACCUUCUUCUGGAGUGGUCGACCCAGGACAGAGCGACGAGACGCGGGUGUCGCCUUCGCCAUCCGGACUGACAUCGUGGGACGACUGCCCUGUCUACCGCAGGGAAUCAACGAUCGCCUGAUGAGCCUCCGCCUGCCUCUCCGGCGAGGAGGCAAAUUCGCCACCAUCAUCAGCGCCUACGCUCCGCCGAUGAGCAGCCCUGCCGCCGCCGCCGCAAGAGACAAAUUCUACGAGGACCUGCACGCCCUCUUGGCGACUGUGUCGAAGGCGGACAAGUUGAUUGUCCUUGGUGACUUCAAUGCCCGCGUCGGCACAGACCAUACUGCCUGGAGAGGAGUGCUGGGUCCCCACGGUCUCCACGGCUCCAACGACAACGGCCUGCUUCUCCUCCGCACCUGCGCAGAACACCGCCUCAUCCUGACGAACACGUUCUUUUGUCUGCCGGAGCGAGAGAAAGCCACCUGGAGGCAUCCUCGGUCGCGUCAGUGGCACCUGCUGGACUAUGUCCUCGUCCGGAGGCGAGAUCAGCGGGACGUGCUGGUGACGAAGACGAUCGCGGGUGCUGAAGGGUGGACCGACCAUCGCCUCGUCAUCUCGAAGAUGCGUAUUCGCCUACAGCCUCGCAGGAGACCGCAAGGUAAGCGACCCCCAGGUAAGCUGAAUGUUACUUUGUUGUCUUUGCCUGCUCACAGUCUCCAUUUCAGCAAUGAGCUAGCUCAACGGCUAGACAACCUUCCUAUCGCUGCCGCCGCCGACGACGCCGCCGCCGCUGCCGAGAACGCCUCCGUGGAGAACCGCUGGUGUCUACUGCGAGGCACGGUCCAGUCGACGGCGGUCGCCGUCCUCGGUCGCGCUCCCCGCCAACACCAGGACUGGUUCGACGACAACGACGCCGCCAUCAGAAAUCUGCUUGCUGAGAAGAACCGCCUACACAAAGCCUACGUAGAUCACCCCACUGAGGACAACAAAGCUGCCUUCUACCGCAGUCGCCGACAGCUUCAGCAACGACUGCGCGAGAUCAGUCAGUCAGUCAGUCAGUGUAUUUGA